UGAGCAGCCAGUCACCGCGCUGAAAUGUAGGGCGAUUUGAAUUGUACACCCAGGAGUUUCAAAAAGAGAAGACUUCAGAAAGUACGUGGCCGGCAGCUGUUGUGCAAGGUCACUGUCACACUGGGCUAAGGAACAACUCUUUAUAAAUUACAAUACACGUUUUUUCCUCAGCAGUCGGCAGAGUGUUGAUUAUUGUGAGACACACGGAACUAGAAUUUCGCCUUCCUUCAUUCCACUCGGACAUAUUUUUAACCCGGACAACAGAAACAUCUCCUUCUUGCCAAGUAUGCUGGAUAUGUCGCUGUUAUGAUGGUCUGAGUAUAUAUACUCUUUCUGUCCUAUUGCGCGUAGCGAAUCACAGUGGAAAGACACACGGUUGUAUUAUAUUAGGGGUGUGAUAAAUGUCAUCAUGGAGUCGGGACGGCGGAGAGGUUUGAGCAGUGUCCUGUCCUCCCUGUCUCUGCUCUGUGUGGUCCUGGACCUACAGUUGGACGGUGUGCUAGGAGCAACGCCUGUUGAGAUUGAGCAUCAUCUGGAAAUGGGCCGUAAACUGCUGGCAGCCGGACAGCUGGCUGAAGCCCUGUCUCACUAUCAUUCAGCUGUGGAGGGUGACUCUAAGAACUACCUGACAUACUACAAACGAGCUGCUGUUUUCCUGGCUAUGGGCAAGUCCAAGUCAGCGCUGCCUGACCUGAGCCAGGCCAUACAGCUCAAGCCAGACUUCCUUGCUGCCAGACUGCAGAGGGGUAAUAUUCUACUGAAACAGGGAAAUACUGAAGAGGCCAGAGAAGACUUUCUAGCUGUGCUGAAUCGUUCCCCGGAUCACGAGGAAGCACAUGAUCAGCUCCACAAGGCCGAUGAUCUGGAGUUGCUCCAGGAAGAGGCACAUGAGGCCCAUCACCGUGGAGACUACUUCACUACUGUCCAGGUGCUGGAGAAAGUCAUAGAGCUCUCUCCUUGGGACCCCGAGUCUCGAGAACUAAGAGCCGAGUGCUACAUCCGACUCGGGGAUCCACGGAAGGCCAUCAUGGACCUGACACCAGCAACACGUCUCCGUGCAGACAACCGAGCAGCCUUCCUCAAACUCAGUCAACUCCAUUACAGUUUGGGCGAUCAUCACGACUCGCUUAGUCAGGUCCGUGAGUGUCUGAAGCUGGAUCAGGAUGAUAAGGAGUGUUUCGUCCACUACAAACAGGUCAAGAAGCUCAGCAAGCAGCUGGACUCUGCAGAAGAGCUGAUCUUAGAACAGAGGUAUCAGGAGGCCACUGAGAAGUAUGAAUCUGUGAUGCGAACAGAGCCGAACGUGGCAUUCUACACUAAUAAAGCAAAGGAGAGGAUCUGCUUCUGCUUAGUCAAAAUGAAGAGUGCUGAGGAGGCCGUAGACAUUUGUUCAGAAGCCCACCAGAGAGAACCUCAGAAUAUCCACAUCCUCCGGGACCGAGCGGAGGCCUACAUCCUACAGCAGGAAUAUGAGAAAGCUGUGGAAGACUAUCAGGAGGCACGGGAGUUUGAUCAGGAAAACCAAGAGCUUCGUGAAGGUCUUGAACGAGCACAGAAGCUCCUCAAGCAGUCUCGCAAGAGAGACUAUUACAAGAUCCUGGGGGUCAGCAGGAGUGCCAACAAACAGGAAAUCAUAAAAGCAUAUAGAAAGCUGGCUCAGCAGUGGCAUCCUGAUAAUUUCCAGUCUGAAGCAGACAAGAAAGAGGCAGAGAAAAAGUUUAUUGAUAUCGCAUCAGCAAAGGAAGUGCUCACCAAUCCAGAAAUGCGUCAGAAAGUUGAUUCCGGCGAGGACCCUCUGGACCCUGAGAAUCAGCAGGGUGGAGGAGGAGGCAGAGAAUGGCCCUUUGGCUUCAACCCCUUUGAGGGCGGAAACUUUCACUUCAAGUUCCACCAACACUGAUAACAGAGGCUGAUGCAGUAUAAACAGACAAUGAUUUGAACUAAGAAACGUGGCUAGAGAACCUGCUUUAUCCAAACUGAACUUUGUAGGGAUCUUAUCAAACAGAGUUUUUUUUUUCUUUCUUGUUUUUGAGACUUGAAUCCACAGGCUGAUGGACUUCUCCAUGAGCAAAUUACUUGAUCUGGCAAACACUUAGUUUGGUGUUUGAUUUCCUGUCCUUAAAGACUUAAACAUGGAGUCUAGUUGAACUUGGGGUCUUAAAGGAUUAGUUCACUUCCAGAAUGAAAAUUCUGUCAUCAUUUACUCACCCUCCACUUG